GGGAGACCAGAUAUAGUGAAUGCAGGGUCCGGGGAGACCAGAUAUAGUGAAUGCAGGGUCCGGGGAGACCAGAUAUAGUGAAUGCAGGGUCCGGGGGAGACCAGAUAUAGUGAAUGCAGGGUCCGGGGAGACCAGAUAUAGUGAAUGCAGGGUCCGGGGGAGACCAGAUAUAGUAAAUGCAGGGUCCUGGGAGACCAGAUAUAGUGAAUGCAGGGUCCGGGGAGACCAGAUAUAGUGAAUGCAGGGUCCCAGGGAGACCAGAUAUAGUGAAUGCAGGGUCCGGGGAGACCAGAUAUAGUGAAUGCAGGGUCCAGGGAGACCAGAUCAGAUAUAGUGAAUGCAGGGUCCGGGGAGACCAGAUAUAGUGAAUGCAGGGUCCGGGGAGACCAGAUAUAGUGAAUGCAGGGUCCAGGGAGACCAGAUAUAGUGAAUGCAGGGUCCGGGGAGA